AUGCUUUCCCGUACUUUGCCAAGAGUGGUCGCCACACCUUAUCGCUUGCUAGACGACGACGAUUUGGACGAGAGGACCUUCAGACAAAGAGUAUUCAAGGUCCAGUUAACACAUCCUCGCAUGCUCAUAUGUGGUUGUAGGUCCACCAGAGAGCGAGAGAGUAGUCUAUUUCAGCUGCGAUAUGCAACAAUCUCAAUCAAAGAAGGCCGCAUGAUUGCAUGUGGACCCGUUGCAAGCCGGUUUGACGUGUUUGACAAUGGCCGCCGACGAGGCAGUGCGUUUCGACGCCACUCCUUCGGUCCUUCCGACCAGUCUCACUGCAUCUGCUGCGUGAGCGUUGAUGUCGGCCUCUUCCGACUUCGCAUCGAUCGGGGCUGCUCCGCUCCCAAGACAAAGAGCGACGAGCACGAUGAUUCUGAAGAGUGA